UCCUCCCACCCACCAGACGUGAGACAACAUCUUCAAAUGCUAAUCAGCAGAAUCACAAUUUUUGUCAAAGGAAUCACCAAAUCUACCCAGAUAAAGAAUUGGUUUGAACAUUCGCACAUUUUCCAAGGAUAUAGAACAAGAAAGAUGAGUGGACUAACUGAGGUAUCCUGCAAUAAGAGCUUUGGUGGCUUGCAGAAAGUGUUUUCUCAUGACAGCUCAGAAUGCAAGUGCAAGAUGACCUUUUCCGUCUAUCUUCCAAGUCAGUCUGAGAGUGGUCCAUGCCCCACACUCAUCUAUCUUUCAGGGUUGACCUGUACCGAUCAGAAUGUGACGAACAAAGGAGGAUUCCAGCGUGUUGCUGCUCAGUAUGGCAUGGUAGUUGUCUGCCCAGAUACAAGCCCACGUGGAUGCAGCAUCGAGGGAGAAGAUGAGUCCUAUGACUUUGGUUCCGGGGCGGGGUUUUAUCUCGAUGCCACCGAAGAGAAAUGGAAGACAAACUACAGGAUGUCUUCUUACGUCACCAAAGAGUUGUUUGAUCUCAUAGUGAACUCUUUCCCUGUCAAUCCUGACAAGGUUGCAAUUACUGGGCACAGCAUGGGAGGACACGGUGCCCUGACCCUUGGUCUCAAGAACCCACAUCUGUUCAAGUCCAUAUCAGCCUUUGCUCCUAUCUGUAAUCCUAUCAGCUGUCCCUGGGGACAGAAAGCCUUCAAGGGAUAUCUAGGACCUGAUGAGAAUACAUGGAAGGAAUACGAUGCAUGUGAGCUUGUUAGUUGCUAUGAUGGGCCACCAAGAGAGAUCCUCAUUGACCAAGGAAAAGGGGAUAAUUUCUACAACCAAAAGCAACUUCUUCCCGAGAACUUUGUAACGUCUUGCCAAGUCAGCAGGACUGGAUGUAUCAUGAAUCUACGUGAGGGGUACGAUCACAGCUACUAUUUCAUCUCAACAUUCAUGGAGGAUCAUAUCAAGUUCCACAGUCAACACCUGUGAUGACAUCAUGACUUGGUUGCCAUGGAAACCCAUCAAUCCUUGAAUCCGGAACGUGAGAGAGCUUAGGGAUAUUUAGAACAGUUGUAAUUAACUGCACGUUUGAUUUUCAGAUAUUUUCUCAAGAGUUAAACUCAAUCAUAUCAUGGAAUUUUGAUUGUAAAAAUGAGUACAAGUCUUAUCUAUCUGUUAGUGUGGCGACUCAAUAUAGAAUGCAAUUAAAGUCAUUUCAUAUUCAAAGAAACUUGUUAUUAAUGAUUAAACCAAAUAUUGAUAUUAAUCUCCUUUUGUAGGCCCUUGCGUGGUUUGAUUUGUAUGUGGUAAUUUUCUGUGCUAUCUUUCAAAGAGAAAAAACAAACCGCCAAAUAAAGAUGCAAUGUUAGAACUCCA